AUGGCGCCGCAACCCCAAGGCCCCAUCACAACCCCCCUCACCACCCUCCUCGGGAUCCAACACCCCAUCAUCCUCGCAGGCAUGGCCCGCGUCUCGGGAGGCGCUCUCGCCGCCGCCGUCUCCAAUGCCGGCGGUCUAGGCGUCAUCGGCGGGUUCCAAUACACGCCCUCGCAACUCCGCGCCAUCGUUGCGGAGCUCAAAGCCGCCCUACGGUCUCCAGACCUGCCGUUCGGCGUAGACUUGGCAUUGCCGCAGAUCGGCGGGUCCGCACGCAAAACUAACCACGACUACACGGGCGGCAAGCUCGACGAGCUCAUCGACAUCACGAUCGAGAGCGGCGCGCGGCUGUUCGUCAGCGCGGUGGGCGUUCCGCCCAAGUACGUGAUUGAUAAGUUGCAUAAUGCGGGCAUAUUGGUGAUGAAUAUGGUCGGACACCCGAAACACGCGGUUAAGGCCCUAGAUCUCGGUGUGGAUAUGGUGUGUCCGCAGGGUGGCGAGGGCGGUGGGCAUACGGGUGAUAUAGCCAGCUCGGUGCUCAUCCCGGCUGUCGCCGACGUCGCAUCACGCUACCACCCGCCGAUGUUAAAAGGCAGCCCCGCGCUCGUCGUAGCCGCGGGCGGUAUCAACGACGGGCGAUCUCUAGCCGCAAGUCUGAUGCAAGGCGCAGCGGGAGUCUGGGUGGGAACACGCUUCGUAGCCAGCGUCGAAGCAGCUAGCAGCGAGGAACACAAGGUGAGCGUAGUAACGUGCGGCUUUGAAGAUACGCAGCGCACGCUGGUGCUCACGGGGCGGCCGCUGCGCAUGCGCACCAACGCAUAUAUCGCGCGGUGGCACGCGCAGCCGCAGAAGAUACACGAGCUCUGCGAUAAGGGCGUCGUGCCCAUCGAGCACGACCUCGAAAACGACGUCGACGAUAUUGAUCCCCCGCACCUGAUGGGCCAGGUCGCAGGCGCCGUUACUAAGGUCCAGCCUGCCGCCGAGAUCGUCCGCGAGAUGGUGGAUGGUGCGGUGCAGAUGCUGAGGCUAGGGAACUCGUAUAUCAAUGCGAGCGCGAAGAGUAAGCUAUGA